AUUUACAGUUAGCCUAGCAUUGCUGUUGUGAUUGAAAACAUUCAAGAUGGCCUCUGUGCUGCCUGGAAACAGAUCAUCGUCACCAUGAUGGAUGAGGAGAUACAAGAGGACCAUAGCAAGCUGAAGCAGGGCCUAGUCAAAGUCCUCCAGUGCGUGGCCACCAUCUCGUCGGCGGCGGCCGUGGUCAACCCCAUCUUCGGCGUGGCGGGCUCCCUGAUCCGGGUGGUGCUGCACCACGUGGACGAUGAGGACAUCCGCACGCUGAAGCGCGAGUUCGGCUCCGUCCACCAGAGGUUGGACGAGCUGUCCCAGCAGAACCGCCGGACGCUGGUCCAGAUCGAGAAGGAGACGCUGGACGGCCAGUACUGCCACGUGGAGGAGAACCUGAAGAACCAGUUCAGGAAGUUCAUGGCCAUGGUGGAGGCGCGGCCGGAGCACCGCAACGGUAAGAAGGAGGACUUCGAGGAGAGCUACGCCAACGACCUGGGUGACCAGAACCUGCACACGCUGUACGACGGCGUGGUGGGCAAGCGGAAGCUGUUCAGCCGGCCCAUCCUGGAGGUGUACCUGAAGCACUCGCAGGGCGACCGCCGCGUCAUGGAGCGCCUCUGUACGCGCCUCACAUAUCUGUUCUGCAUCGGCCUCAUCGCCCUGAUGGGCUACUCCGCCAUCAUCGGCGACGACGAGGAGGGGCUGAGCGAGGAGUGGGCCGAGAAGAUGGAGCAUGUGCAGGAGAAGAUGCAGGAGGCGCUGCGCAAGUGCACAUGAGGAGGAGGAGGAGGAGGAGGAAGGGAAGGCUUAACAUUCCCACUCCCGCUCUCUCUGUCUGCAAAAUCUCCUUUUACCGCGCGAUCCUGAAGGCAACGUCUACCAAAUCCCGCUGCACGCAAACAGGCUGUUGAUUGGCUGCUUUCACAUCACAGCCAAUUAAAACAUAGAGAUAAAUUUACCUUAAUAAAAUAAAAACACUCGCUUAGAUUUAAUUUAUUUUUUUUUAAAAGCAUUUAGACACAAAUGUGUAUUUAUGGGGCAGAACAGAAUCUAACAGAAGGCAAAGAAAUUGAGAAAAAACAAAAUAUUACCAAAUAUGUUUGUGUAUUUUCUAGGGAAAAUAUGAGUACAUUU